GUGCUGCCACCUGCCGUUCCUGUCUCUAGGACUCCGCGUGACCCCCUCCCAUCCGCCCCAACCAUUGAUCCCUUCUCUCUCCUUCCUCCCCCAGUUGCUGUCCUCGCCCCCCUGCUUGCUACUCACCAAAAUGGCGAACUUCACCCCAGUCAAUGGCAGCUCCAGCAACCAGUCUGUGCGACUGGUCACGUCAGCUCAUAACCGCUACGAAACGGUGGAAAUGGUCUUCAUCGCCACGGUCACGGGCUCGCUAAGCCUGGUGACCGUGGUGGGCAACAUUCUGGUGAUGCUCUCCAUCAAGGUCAACAGGCAGCUGCAGACGGUCAACAACUACUUCCUGUUCAGCCUGGCCUGUGCUGACCUCAUCAUUGGCGCCUUCUCCAUGAACCUGUACACUGUGUACAUCAUCAAGGGCUAUUGGCCACUGGGCGCCGUGGUCUGUGACCUGUGGCUGGCCUUGGACUAUGUAGUGAGCAAUGCCUCCGUCAUGAACCUGCUCAUCAUCAGCUUUGACCGCUAUUUCUGCGUCACCAAGCCCCUCACCUACCCUGCCCGCCGUACCACCAAGAUGGCUGGCCUCAUGAUCGCAGCCGCCUGGGUCCUGUCGUUUGUACUAUGGGCGCCUGCCAUCUUGUUUUGGCAGUUUGUGGUGGGCAAGAGGACUGUGCCGGACAACCAGUGCUUCAUCCAGUUCCUGUCCAACCCGGCGGUGACCUUUGGCACGGCCAUCGCCGCCUUCUACCUGCCCGUGGUCAUCAUGACGGUUCUCUAUAUCCACAUCUCCCUGGCCAGCCGCAGUCGAGUUCACAAGCACCGGCCCGAGGGCCCCAAGGAGAAGAAGGCCAAGACCCUGGCCUUCCUCAAAAGCCCCCUGAUGAAACAGAGUGUUAAGAAGCCCCCACCGCCCGGGGAAGCGGCCAGGGAGGAGCUGCGCAACGGGAAGCUGGAGGAGGCCCCUCCGCCUGCCCUGCCACCACCUCCGCGCCCCAUGGCCGACAAGGACACGUCUAAUGAAUCCAGCUCGGGCAGCGCCACCCAGAACACCAAGGAACGGCCACCCACGGAGCUGUCCACUGCCACAGAGGCCACCACACCUGCCCUGUCUGCCCCGCCCCUGCAGCCAAGGACUCUCAACCCGGCCUCCAAGUGGUCCAAGAUCCAGAUUGUGACAAAGCAGACAGGCAAUGAGUGUGUAACAGCCAUUGAGAUUGUACCAGCCACGCCGGCUGGCAUGCGCCCGGCUGCCAACGUGGCCCGCAAGUUCGCUAGCAUCGCUCGCAACCAAGUGCGCAAAAAGCGGCAGAUGGCAGCUCGGGAGCGCAAGGUGACUCGGACCAUCUUCGCCAUCCUGCUGGCCUUCAUCCUCACCUGGACGCCCUACAAUGUCAUGGUUCUGGUGAACACCUUCUGCCAGAGCUGCAUCCCCGAGACUGUGUGGUCCAUUGGUUACUGGCUCUGCUAUGUCAACAGCACCAUCAACCCUGCCUGCUACGCGCUCUGCAAUGCCACCUUCAAAAAGACUUUCCGGCACCUGCUGCUGUGCCAGUAUCGGAACAUCGGCACCGCCAGGUAGGCAGGCAGCAGAGCCCUAGGAGGGGCUGGCGUCGUGUGUGUGUGCUGGCUGGGGG